CGAGAGAGGACCGAGCGGACACAUGGCCUCUCCAUUCCUGUCCGCGGGGACCACCACGGGCGACAGCGGCGGAGAGCUGAGCUCGGGGGACGACUCCGGUGACGUGGAGUCCGUCCCGAGCCCCGAGAGCGGGGCGUCGCGGAGCCUGGCCGAGCUGUUUGAGGAGGCGGCCGCGCACCUGCAGAGCGUGGUUCACGUGGCCAGCAGGGAGCAGCUCCUGUACCUGUACGCCAGGUACAAGCAGGUCAAAGUUGGAAAUUGCAAUACUCCGAAACCAGGCUUCUUUGAUUUUGAAGGAAAGCAAAAAUGGGAAGCAUGGAAAGCACUUGGUGAUUCCAGCCCGAGCCAAGCAAUGCAGGAGUAUAUUGCAGCAGUUAAAAAAUUAGAUCCAGGUUGGAAUACUCAGUCACCAGAGAAGAAAGGAAAAGAAGCAAAUACUGGUUUUGGCGGACCAGUUGUUAGUUCUCUGUAUCAUGAAGAAAUCAUCAGGGAAGAAGACAAAAACAUAUUUGAUUACUGCAGAGAAAACAACAUUGACCAUAUAUCCAAAGUCAUCAAAUCAAAAAAUGUGGAUGUGAAUAUGAAAGAUGAAGAGGGCAGAGCUCUACUCCAUUGGGCAUGUGAUCGAGGACAUAAGGAACUAGUCACAGUCUUGCUACAAUACAGAGCUGAUAUUAACUCUCAGGACAAUGAAGGUCAAACAGCUCUACAUUAUGCUGCUGCCUGUGAGUUUCUGGACAUCGUGGAGCUGCUGCUCCAGUCUGGCGCGGACCCCACUCUGCGAGACCAGGAUGGCUGCCUGCCGGAAGAGGUGACAGGUUGCAAAGCUGUGUCUCUGGUGUUGCAGCAGCACAUGGCUGGCAAGGCUUAAGCAGAGACUGGAAAGCUACAGUCUAACAGCAUAGGGCUUCAGUGAUGCAAGAAAACCAUACUUCUUUUACCACCCAUCUUUGGUGUACAUUGGCUAAUAAAAUCAGUUCUGAGGAACGGGGA